AAGGAGCUGCAGCAAGCCAGCCAGGACUCUGAGCAGCUGGUGCAGAAGCCRCCGUGGGAGCUGCGAUGGGGCCCGCCGGCCGCUGCCUCCUGUGCGGGCUGCUGCUGGUGGCCCUCGGUGGCAUGGGGAUGGCCGGCGAGGACCCGCAGCCCGACCCCAAGGCGCCAUGUGCCAACUGGAUGGGGGGGGCGCCCGGCUACCCUGGCCACAACGGGCUCCCCGGGCGCGACGGGAAGGACGGCCGUGAYGGGGAGAAGGGCGAGAAGGGCGAGCAAGGUGAGAAAGGCGCCAAGGGCGACAGCGGCCAAAUAGGAAGCCAAGGAGCUGAAGGCCCAAGAGGCUUCCCCGGAACGCCGGGGAUCAUGGGGAUGAAAGGAGAGAAGGGGGAAGGCGCUUUCAUCCACCGCUCCGCCUUCAGCGUGGGGCUGACGGGCCGAGUCCCCCACCCCAACGUGCCCAUCCUGUUCAGCAAGGUCUUCUACAACGAGCAGCAGCACUAYGACGUGAGCACGGGCAAGUUCCGCUGCAGCGUGCCCGGCAUGUACUACUUCGCCUACCACCUCACGGUGUACCUGUCGGACGCCAAGAUCAGCCUGUACAAGCAGGACCGCGCCGUGCUCUUCACCUACGACCAGUUCCAGCCCAACAACGUGGACCAAGCGAGCGGCUCCGUGCUGCUCCACCUCAACGCCGGCGAGGAGGUCUGGCUCCAGGUCUAUGGGGAAGGGGCAAACAACGGCGUCUACGCCGACAACAUCAACGAUUCCACCUUCAUGGGAUUCCUCCUCUACCCGGAUCUGGAUGUCCAUUAA